AUGGUCGACUCCAAGACGCUCUGUCGGAUCAGCCUCGAGACCUACUCGACCUUCAUGGUGGCUCUCACCGCAGUCUACCUGUGGUCACAAUGCGGGGUGCGCCACAGCUUCGUGGAGGUACGAGAGGAGACGCAGGAGCACAACGACGGUGUCGUCUUCACCGAGUCAGGCGGGGCCGAGUACAUGCUCGUCGUGCUUUCCCACAUUUUGCAUCUCAGUUGUCUUGCACUGUUUCUCUUCGGCUACAAGUCUGGCGUAAAAAUGACGGUCGGCUGUGCGUUGCUGCUGACUUGUGGACUCAUGUACAUUCUCUUCUACGGAUGCAUGGGUCUGACAGGACUGCUGGAGCAACAGCGCUCCUUCUCUCCCGACGCUGCGGCGGGACACCAGCGAAAGCAGAAGCCCCUGACGUACCCGGCCGAGGUAGAGUACACCGACAGCGCCACCGCCGUCUCUGGCGCAGCAGCGUCUGAUUUUAAUGGGGUGCGCCGUGAGGUGAGUCGUGCUGCUGCCAAGGAAGGCAGUAGCGAGCCAGGCACUUGCGGCACUGUGUCGGCGCAUGCUGGCAAAUCACUCUCGUAUGAAGACCUCGGGUGGGCGGUGCUGAGGACCUUGGCCGGCGUGCUGGCCGCCAUUGCCGGCUCCUUCGAUAGUCCCGCAGGCGACGCCGGUGUCCGUCUUCACCCCAACGGCCCGCUCACCCCCUUCGAGGCGCCGUUUGCCGGGGUGCGUCGACUCGACCUGCUGGUGCUGAGCUGCGCUGGGUUUGCUCUGUCGAGUUGGGGUGUCGUGCUAUUCGGUGCUAGCACUGCCCCCGCAUCGGCGCGCUCGCAGCGGGUCAUCGCCGGUAGUGGAGGCCGUGGUAACCGCGACAGCAGCCCUCGGGCUGCCGGUCAACGGGCAAGUGCUGCGACAGCCUUGAAGGGCUCGGAAUCCGGCGCGGCGCAUCCGUCCGCAGCUGCAGGAGAUGUAAAGAAGAAUCAGUAG